AUGUCACAAAUACCAGAACUAAGCAGCUACUUCUACGAUUCCACAUAUAAUCCUGGCGAGAGCUUGGUUUCGUACACUUCCAUAUACGGCAACGACACAGAGGUCAGUUUCAAUGAGCUGCAGAGCAUUGUGAACAAGAGAGUCAAUGAGAGUAUUAUGUUUGGUGUGAGAUGCGGUGCUGCCUGUCUCAUGUUCAUUGUCAUGUGGAUGAUCUCCAAGAAUAAGAAGACACCUCUGUUCAUUAUCAACCAAUGUUCUCUGGUCUUCAUGAUCAUUCAUUCUGGGCUCUAUUUCAAGUAUUUGCUAUCAGACUAUGCUUCGGUCACAUAUUCGCUAACGUACUUCCCACAACUGAUCAAUAGAUCUGAUGUCCAUCUGUAUGGUGCUGCUAGCAUGUUCCAAGCUUUUUUGGUCGGCAGCAUCGAGUUAUCACUGGUUUUCCAAAUCAAAGUUUUGUUUCAAAGCGACACAUACAACAAGAGAUUGGGUCAAGUCGUUUUAGGUAUCGGUGCUGCUCUCGGGUUGACUACUUUCGCAAUGUAUUUAGUGACUGCAAUUAAAGGUAUGGUAGCCUUAUAUGCAGACACUUCCGACAUGGAACAGUACUUCUUCAACGUCUCUACAAUUUUAUUUGCUUCUUCCUUAAAUUUCUUGACAUGUUUGCUAGUGUUGAAGCUUGCGCUAGUGGUAAGAACAAGAAGAUACUUGGGUCUCAGGCAAUUCGAUAGCUUCCACGUGUUGUUGAUAAUGGCAUUCCAAACUUUACUAAUACCAUCCAUUUUGUUCAUCAUUGCCUAUAGUAUCAAUGCUUCCAACGAUGUCGAUGAAUUGAUCAUUAUCGGUGGGUUGCUCGUUGUUCUAUCACUGCCGCUAUCUUCCAUGUGGGCUUCUUCGAUAAACAAUAGCGUCAGACCAACUUCAUUGAAUACAUCUUUAUCUCCACAAACAACAUGGUCAUCAGAUGAGAAAAGUAUCUACUCAGACCAAAUGGAACCAGAUAUCAAAACUAAAAUUACAAAUAAAGUUGGGGGAUUCUUACCAUUUGAAAAAACAGGAAUGGUCUCGACACCAACAGAAAGUACAAUAUCCAUGCAAACGGAUAUCGAGAAAGCCAGUACUAUCGACUAUAGCAAGUAA